ACAACAUUAUCGCCGGUCGGCUACACGUCGUCGUCGGAGGCGUUGUCCUUAUAUCCGCCCGAACUGGCCGUUGACGGCAAUAAGAGGUCGUGUUUUUACAGCAAUCGCCGAAAGCCCAGGUGGUGGAGGAUGGAUAUGGGCACUCCUCACACCGUCAUCUCAGUCUCCAUUACUGUCCCCUUUGCCAGCUCUGAACAUCACUUCACAAUAUAUGUGAUUGAAGUGAACGACACGACGACUGCCACCAAAUACCAGAAGUGCGCCUCUUUUAGGGUGAACGACACGACGACUGCCACCAAAUACCAGAAGUGCGCCUCUUUUAGGGGUAUCUUCUCGUCGCAGACAAUGGUCUUGAGUUGCGGUAAUCUGAAGGGAAUCAUCGGAUCUGUGCUUCACAUCGAAGACAAUUCGCAACAUUUGGAUCACUUUGGCUUAUGUGAAGUCGAGGUUUUCGUCCGCAAAGACUACUACGAGUGCGGACAACCGGAGAUCCCAACCAACUCUUAUAUGUUAGACAAACCGAGUCAUAUCGUCACUUAUGGCUGUCAUAACGGCUAUAAACUCGAGGGCUCUAACCAAAGGUCGUGUAUGAAGACCGGCCAAUGGACUGGCAGUCAACCCAUCUGUCGGGAAAUCAAUUGUCCCAAACCUAUCCCUAUAGACAACGGCAACUACAGGCUUAGCGGCCAAACAAAUGAUAGGCCAGCGCUGGGCAGUAGAGUGGUCUACACCUGUCAACAGGGAUAUACAACUCUGGGAGCAAAUGAUACCCAAUAUUGUCAAGAGAAUGGCACGUGGACUGGACUACAGCCCGAUUGUCACCCCAUCGAUUGCGGUCUUCCUAACGAUAACAGCGAGUAUUUGGGCGGAAGAUUCAAACUAUUGAAUACAUCCACUAAAUAUGCAUCAAUGGCUGAACUGAUCUGUUUUAGUGGCAAAAUAUCGGGUCUAUUCAUUCGUUGCGGCGAAGAUGGCUUGUGGUCAGGACUCGACUCCACUUGCAUUUACAAUAAAGUGAAUUACUAUACGGCCAAUGCAUCAGAAAGUAUUGGACAGAAAAAUUCAGACAUAAGUGUGUCGGCAAUAUUGGCGACGGUUAUUGUGGCCGUACUUCUCAUACUAAUUGUAUUAGUCUUCCUAUUAUUCAAAAAAAAAAUAUUGCACAUAAAGUGCUCGACACCGGCGCUAAACAUAGUGGGCAGUCGACGGACCUCAUGGGCUCUGGAAGCGCUGCGAUCAACAAAUCUUCAGCUGAGAAAACCGUUUAGAUUUCAGAGCAAUACUUCUGUCAAACAGGAAACUAAUAGACAUCCGAUUCAGUCGUCCAUUAAAACUGUUUCGUCAAACUUAGAGAAUGUUUACGAAGAAAUUGCUAACUUUUCUUCAAAUCCCAUCUCAAAUGAAACAGAAGAGAAAAUCCGAAGAGCGGCUAUAAUAGCGGCCGAAUUGGCUGCCAUA